UGAUCGAGGCAGGAAGGAGCACUGAAUGCUAACAAGGGGGAGAGUACAUGUCCACGGCGAGCGGAAAGGUGGGGGGGUUCAACAGAGAGAUAUGGAGAAAUGCAAUUAACCUGCAAUGUGCCAACGCCAAAUUCACGCCGAUCAUAACCAUCCUCGCCACCGACAUCCUCAUCACCACCACCAUCAAUAGCGCGAGAGUCCUCGUCUUUUUUCUCUUCAGUGAAAUGUAUCGGGACUCUAUGGGAUCCUUUUUCUGACAAUGGAGAUUGAGAAUAUCGUGGCCAACACCGUGCUGUUGAAGGCGAGGGAAGGAGGAGGAGGGAAAAGGAAUGGGCGGAGCAAGAAAUGGAAGGAGAUGCUCAAACUGCCUCAUAUCAGUCAGUGUGAAGAAUUAAGACACAUUAUUGAAAGGGAUUACACAAGCCUUUGUGAGAAACAGCCAAUUGGUCGGCAGUUGUUUCGGCAGUUCUGUGACACUCAGCCCAAAUUGCGCCGGUGCAUAGAGUUCAUGGAUUCUGUGGCAUUGUAUCAGUUGGCUCCAGAUGAGAAAAGGAGAGACGUCGGUUUAAAUAUUUUAGACACAUAUUUUAAUAAUGGGUCGGCAGCUCAUCUACCAGAGAUUGCUCAGGACGUGGUGGGGGACUGCAGGCAGAAACUGGAGCAGACUCCCUGUAAAGAGCUGUUUCAGGGGUGUACCAGGAUAGUUCGUGAAUACUUAAGUGGGGCUCCAUUCUCAGAAUAUCAGGAGACAAUGUACUUCUCCCGUUUUCUCCAGUGGAAGUGGUUAGAGAGGCAGCCUGUAACCAAAAACACCUUCAGACACUACAGGGUAUUGGGAAAGGGCGGAUUUGGUGAGGUUUGUGCCUGCCAGGUUCGUGCCACUGGUAAAAUGUAUGCCUGUAAAAAGCUGGAGAAGAAACGGGUGAAGAAAAGAAAAGGUGAAGCAAUGGCAUUAAAUGAAAAACGCAUUUUAGAAAAAGUUAACAGUAGUUUUGUAGUUAGUUUGGCAUAUGCAUAUGAGACAAAGGAUGCGCUAUGUUUGGUGUUAACUAUAAUGAAUGGUGGUGACCUAAAGUUUCAUAUCUAUAAUAUGGGAAACUCUGGCUUUGAUGAGCAGCGUGCAAUCUUUUAUGCUGCAGAGAUUUGCUGUGGCUUAGAGGAUUUACAUCGAGAGAGGAUCAUCUACAGGGACCUGAAACCUGAGAAUAUUCUCCUUGAUGACCGUGGGCACAUCCGUAUAUCAGAUCUAGGAUUGGCCGUCCAGAUUCCAGAAGGAGAGACGAUACGAGGGCGUGUCGGCACAGUGGGAUAUAUGGCUCCAGAGGUCAUUCAGAAUGAAAGCUACACCUUUAGUCCUGAUUGGUGGGGUUUGGGCUGUCUGAUAUAUGAGAUGAUUCAGGGUCAGUCUCCGUUCCGCCGUCGUAAAGAGCGCGUGAAGAGGGAGGAGGUGGACCGCCGUGUGUGCGAGGACCAGGAGGAAUACUCUGACAAAUUCUCUGAAGAUGCUAAAGGCAUCUGUCGACAGUUGUUAUGUAAAGAUCCAAAGGAACGCUUGGGGUGUCAAGGUAGUGGAGCUGCUGAAGUCAAACUGCAUCCCAUUUUACGCAACAUCAACUUCAAGCGAUUGGAGGCCAACAUCCUUGACCCGCCCUUCUGUCCUGAUCCACGUGCAGUGUACUGCAAGGAUGUUCUGGACAUUGAGCAGUUUUCUACAGUCAAAGGCGUAAACCUCGACCCUACAGAUGAUGACUUCUACCACAAGUUUGUAACGGGGAGUGUCUCCAUCCCCUGGCAGAAUGAGAUGAUUGAGAUGGAGUGCUUUAAGGAGAUUAAUGUUUUCGAGAUGGACGGAGCACUGUGUUCUGAUCUGGAUGUGAACAGGCCAAACCCAGCACCCAAGCGAGGAUUCUUCUACCGGUUAUUCCACCGAGAGGCAAGUGCUAGCGUGCCGCCCGCCGUGAUCAGAGGGGGUGGGGCUUGAGGUUUGUUUUAGAAGUGACAUCAGUGUCGAGGGGGAGGAGCCAUCUUGAUUUAAAACCACUCCCACAUCCCAUCAGCUGCCAAUCAGAAUGCUAAAUGUAUGAAUGUUCAACUGUAUUUAUGAACUUUAUUAAACUGUAUCAUAAUUAAAGAAAAGGGUAUGAGAUUAAAGAAUUUUGUACAUUUGUACUUGAACUACGUGUAGAUGUAUAUUUUCACUAAAGGUUGUAUUGUACAAAAAGCCAUAGAAAUACCACUUGAAUGCACAUAUAUAAUGUUUUUAUUGUUAUUAUUUUUCAUCUGUAAUGAAUAUGAAAUGUGUAUUUCUUUUUAAGCACAAUAUCUACAUUCAAGGUUUUUUUUAUGCUAACACCCUGUUGUUUGUUCGAUUGUUUGGCUUGAGAGAUUUGGGGCUCUCGUGUGCAGUGGCAUAAGAAAAAUCAAACAUAAAGCUAGUAAAAAAACUAUUUAGUAUGUCAUAAUGUCAUUAAAACCAGUAUGUAUUUUUAAAGGCCAGUGCAGAUGUCUAGAGAGCAGCAUGGCUGAUUGCCGAUAUAAUGCCAACAUAUUCAAUUUAAUGAAUACCUUCGAGACAUACUCACUAUUUAUAAUUCAUAAUUCACAAAAAUAAAAUUUGAAAACAGAAAGCAGUUGAUUUUGGAACUGAAACAAAAUGGAGCUGAUCAGGCUAUAGUCCAAUGGCCAAAUAUCGGUUGAUUAAUCAGCUUGUCUGAUAUAUCGUUCUAUCGCUAGUCAUCACCAUUACCCAUACCAACUAUAUCAGUGCAUGAAACGGGGAACUCUAACAUCCUGGACCUUGGUUAUGUGCACCAGCUUCUUGUUUAGAAAGUCAUAAACAUUUUUACACACCUUUGUUAUUUCCAUACAGCUCUGUGUGUAUGUUAAAUGCUGCUAAACAUUUCUUUCAGAUGCAGUGAUAUGGACAGGAAUUUCAAUAGCAGAUACAAAUGCCAAUAUCUAGAGCAGGGUGGCCAAUAUAAUUACAAAAUAAGCAUCAUUCAAUUGGAUAAUUUCAAAUAAGACAUAAUAAUAAGUAUUUUUUUUAUCUUAAAGCUGAAGUAUGUAACUUCUAUCCCCAAUUAUUAUGCAGAGACACUAUAAGUAGGCCAUUCAUAGGUUAACUUUAAGCACUGUGUCUCUGUGGCGCUAUAAAAAUUCCUGUGUUUGUUUUGAGCAACCAGCCCCAACAAUUUUACAAAACCAAUGGUGUGAGUUGGGGGCGGAACUCACUUGACUGUUUGAACAACAGCAGAUGAGGGGCAAAUACAGAAAGCUGUUUUGAAAACAUUGUUUAUUUUUGCAAUUCCGUUCAGUGGCGCUAGUGUCGCAGAAAUUACAUACUUCAGCUUUAAGAAAAAAUAAGUAGUACUUUAAACAAGAAUGUUUAAAAUAAUGCACACUUACAUGAGAUAAGAACUAUGUAAGGUGGGUCACACUCUCAUGGUGGCCGUCAUUUUGUGAUCAUAUGACCAACCAAAUGCUACUCACUUUAUUUAAAAAAAAAAAAAAACUUUUAGAGUCAGACAAUGAAAGUUAAUUCAGAACAUUUUCUAAAGGAAUUGCAAAUUAAGUUUGAAAUAGAAUUUUCUAUUCGUGGAUGCAUGCAUGGUAACAGUUGAAUUGCAACGACAAAUCGAUAUUUGUGUUUAAACACAAAUAAUUACCUAAUAAGUACCUAACGCUUCUUUAAUUAGUCAAGCGAGCAUGCUUAUUUGCCGAUGUAGAUAAUCUCAAAAUGUCCAAGUAUUGGCUAGGCCCUGCAAAUAUGAAUCAGUCAAUCAAGGUUUCAGUUUUGAUGGGAGGGUCAGGAUUGCUAUUUAGGAGUUAUACUAUGAGUGUAGGUUAUUGUUUGCUCAUUUCCACUGAAUUUUGCUCAGUUGUUCUGACAUUUACCCAAAACUCCAUUGUUACCUUUAGUGCAAUCGGAAAGCUUAACAGUGGUUUAAAGCAGGCCAGUGUAAAUCACCUAAAUAUGCUUAAAGGAAUAUUUCGGAUUCAAUAAGUUAAGCUCAAUCUACAGUGUUUGUAGCAUAAUAUUGAUUACCACAGAAAUGUAUUUUGACUCGUCCCUUUUCUUUAAAAAAGAAAAAGCAAAAAUCUGGUUUCCAUUGAAGAACUUACAGUUGAAGUGAAUGGGGGCUAUCCGUUUCACUGUUUCAAAAGUAUAGCCACAAGACUUAAACAAUAUGAAUGUUUACAUGAUUGUAGUGUGAUAAAGUCACUUACUAAACUUUUCUGUGUAAAGUUAUUUCCAAUUUUACAACUUCAUUGUCAUGAUGAUGUAAUGUCAACAAACACUGAAACCCUAAAACGACUGUAAAAAUGUCAAUUUAAACAACUUUACAGCUCAAAUAAUUCUAGUUUUUAAAGAAGAAUUCAUGUAAGUGCUUUUAUAAAAUUAUAAGCUUCACAUUUCUGCCUUUAAACCCUCCAAAAAAUGUCCCCAUUCACUUCCAUUAUAAGUGCCUCACUAUAAUGUCCCUUCUUUAAAAAAAAAGAAAUUUUUAAAAAUUGAUGUCAACAUUUCUUUUUUUUUUUAUGGUAAUCAACUUUAUGCCACAAAUGCUGCCAAUUGAGCUUAACUUGUAUUGAACCCGGAAUAUUCCAUUCAUAUUUGCUCACAGGUCAGCUCUUAAAUGAGCUGUUGAUGUUGCCUUAGGUGUCAUAUCUUCAAUGAAUAUUCCAAAAUGAGUGCGAGUGUGUUUGUAUGCCUACCUGUAUUGCAGUGAGUUAAAGUGCAUGCACACGGACACUAUAGAUUUUUUCCAUACGAUAAGCCUCAGGCCAUGAGACGUUUGUUGUGUGAUUGAUCUGGUAAUUCAAUCUGUUUGUCAUCAACAUGCAUAUAAACAUCACAUUAUCUUUAUGUUCCAUGUUAUUGCUUUUUGUUUCCUUUUUGUUUUUUAUUAGUUGUUUUUUAUUUUUUAUCUUUGUAUGUAUUUUUAUGCCAUUAUUUGAAUCACAAGAUUAAUGCUACCAUUUACAUUAAGACCUCCCUCCUGUAUCAUCAUUCCUAAACUAGUAAACAAACAAAAACGGCAUAUAAUCUUACACCACUUGACUUUUCCACAGAUGCCUUUAUAAAUAACAUUUUAUUUUCAUGCCAUUCUUUAAAGCUGAAGUGUGUCAUUUUUUCAGUGUUGGUUAUAUCCUAGGUUAAUGUAAAGAUAUAAUUAGAAGUAGCCAUUCAUAGAUAAGCCAGUCGAUUUUCCCUAGAAAGUGUCAAUAUUGUGUCGCCAUGGCACUAUCAAAUUAUAGCUCUGUUUGUUUCAGAAUCCCGAUCAACCCGACAUAACAACAUUCAAUUAACCACUGUUGUGUUUGGGGCGGGACUAUCUGAUUGUUUGACCAAUAGCUGUUGGCAGACAGGAAAACCUGUAAUUAUUUUCAAAGUCCCUAGAAAAAUGACAUUAGUGGCACAGAAAUUACACACUUCAGCUUUAACAUCUGUGACAUUAAAUUUAAAAUAGGAAUCAUAGUUUGCUGUUCAUUGACAUUAUCUCUAACUUGUCUUGCCAUUUCUCUCUCUUUAAGGAUAAAAGGAGCUUUAUGGUCCCUUUUACAAAGCUGUGAAAUGAAACUCUUUUUCUCUUAUUCCCAUAUGUGUGCAUGCUCUACUGUAUCCAUGGUUUGACAAUAGGACAAGCGUUCACUUUAGUUGACAAUAAAAAUAUGUGUUGACUUAUGGCCAUUAAGAAGUACUUUUGAUUUCUGUAAAAUUCACAAGAUAGCUUAAAUAUUUAAAAAUGAUACUGCCUUUUUCAAUUACAGUAUGUCCUCAUCUGUUUUUCUUCCCCGUGCAGUCACAUGUUUGAUUCAGAUACCCUGUAAAAUAUGAAAUGAAUUAAACUUACUCUUAACCUAUUUUGUGGUUCUAUACAGUCAAACAAGUGCCAAAACAAGCCCAUUUAUGUGUAUUUGAUUGAAUUGUGCAUUUAAGUUACAGGUGAAUUGUAAUGUUUUAAAAAGUUUCCUGUACCAGCUUUAUAUGCUGUGGCUCUCAAACACUAUGGUGCGAACAGAACAUUGCUUUAUUGAGCUUCCAGGCCACACCAACAUUGGCUCGACCAAUGGCGUCAGUUUUGGGCAGGACUAUGUUUGUCCAACCAAUUUCAGAAAGGGUAGUGUUCAGGAAACUAACAAAUUUGCAACUAAAGAUGGAGUUUUGGUCUGUACAAAAAUGAUUCAGUUAUGAAAAUGGUUUGACUAUCUUACCCUUUUUUUCUACUGUUCCUUUGUUUUUCAAUUCUUAUCACACUGUUCAUUUUUAGUUAAUGUCUAAAGUUAGAUAAAUACAGUUUGAAUGUCUGCACAAAGUACAGUUAUUUUUAUAUCAUUUUUAUUCACUGAUUAGUUGAUAAAGCAUAUUAGCUGCAAGCUUAAGUUGCAUGCCAACUGGUGCCAACAUGUCAGAUACUGGGUGCCAUGAUGUAGAUUUUGUACAGAUCUGUCUUUCAAGCCACUGACGCCAACAGAACUCCUGUGAAAGAUCUGUCUGGUGUUGUACCAUACCUGACAUCUGGAAUUACUGUAUUAAAUGAUACACUGCCAUUUGUAUAAAACUCUCCGGUC